AUGAAUAAAAUUUUAAUUGCCCUCACUAUUUUAGGACUUUGUGCUGCUGCAAACUUCAAAUGCACUGCUGAAAUGAAGACUGCCAAAGCUUGUACUAUGGAAUAUAUGCCUGUUUGUGGUGUUAAGAUGGCUGAAAAAGGAAGUUCUAAGUACAGCUCUAUUAAGGCUACUUAUGGAAACAAAUGCUCUGCUUGUGCUACUGAAGGAGUCGAGUUCUAUGCUGUAGGAAGUUGCGAUGAAUAUCCCAAAAAUGCCACUUUUUGCCACCCAGAAGCUCAUUUAAAUUUAGCUUGUACCAGAGAACUUUUCCCUACUUGCGGUUUAUACGAUAAUUCUAUCACUUGUGAUAAAGGUCUUUGUGGCUCUAACUUUAGCAACAAAUGUAUGGCCUGCACUAACGAACAUGUUUCUUAUUUCAUGGCUGGCUAUUGCAAAAACUAAAAAUGA